AUGCAAGAUGGUUUCAUACGGUUAGAUAAUAAAACAGUGUGGUUCACGCUGUGGGCUAUAGUUUCAAAGUCUUUCAAAAUUAUCUUCAUAUUACAUUUUCUUCGUAAAUCAGAAGGUGGCGAAGAAACUUAUAGAAAAAUACUCAUAAAGACGUUACAGUGUCAAAAUAAACCGCCAAAUGGAGAAG